AUGCCUCCUAUAACUCGCCUCCAGAGCCGCCGGCAGCGGCAAGAAGCUGAAGGGGAGAUGGAGGUGGAGGACUCGGGUUCAGAGUCAGACGCCGAACCCGACUUUGAAAUCGACGAUGAGGGUCUCAUGGUAUCCCCAUCGAAUCUCGAAUAUUCUUUGGAUCUCCUGGAUGAAGAGGCACGGGACAAUAUUACUAGGGCUAUAGAAGUCCCUUCACAAUUUGUGUUGCGUGGCUGCCAAGCUGGAGACCAACGCUGCCUCUUUUUAAUAACGGAACCGAUCGAGUACACAGUCCGGACGGGAACAGACGAAAGUGGCUACGGCGUCCCCAGCUGCACCUGUCAAAGCGGCGAGCGCGGCGAAUCACCCUGUCGCCAUAUUCUCUGGCUUUGCGACCAGAUUACUAGUCAGGUCUUGGGUAUUCAGAGGGAUCCUUUCACUCUAUCACGAUAUGGGUACCCAACGGAGCUCGGGAAUCCAUAUGACGCCAUAUCAGACUUUCAUCUAGAUAUGCUAGCUGAUAGCCUCCACUGUGAUGUUGUGGGUCAGUCGCCAGAUUUAAAUCCCAGGCGGGUUCGAGAAUCAAGGGAAAUGCUCGCUUCCCUGAGCGAGGUUCCUGUUGAUGAAUAUCGUCCGGACCUAUUCAACAACCCUAAGAAGAGCAGACGAGUUAUCAAGCGAGGUGAUUUAGAGCAAACGAUAUUCCACAUGCUGCUCUAUAACGAUGACUUCUUCCAAUACUUCCUUUCCUCUAUGCGGGCCGAAGAACGCAACAAGGACAGAUUCCGCAGUCUUCGACAUCGAGCAGACGCGGCGCUAGCUGGCUUACACCAAUACGCGGCUAACCCAUCUCUACAAAAUGUUGCCCGACCAAAAAAUGUGGAAUGGUGCGCUACACAUCUCAUUUCGAUAACACGCCAGAUCUACUCCACUAUUCACAACACAGGCAGACAACUAGAGGACUGGGAGCUAGAAGCGGCGGCGCAAACCUCUAUACAUGUACUAGAGCAAGUGGCCAACUAUAACCGGGACUUUGGCCCUCCGGAACUCCCCAAGGAACGACAAAAUCUAUUCCAUCGACUCAUCGGCAACCAAGAUCAGAACUUCGUCAUCGACAUCUUAUCCUCCAUUCCACCCCAAGUCCUAGGGUCUUGGGGAGUUGAACUCACAACGGUUCUAGAGAAGAUUUCUGAGCAAGAAGUCCCUGUAUCAUAUACUAUGCGGCUAAGUUCACUCGUAAGCCAUCUACGCUCACGAGGGGCACCCGCGGGCUCUAAGCGGACCCGUCAGGGUAAGGAUAGGCGGGCAAAGCGAGUGAAGUGA